AUGGAAAAGUCGUUGGAGGUUUGUGUGAACGGACGGGACGGGGAAUGGUGUUGUGUAGUAUCAGGAAGCGAACGCGUCCGCGGCGGGCGAGCGGUGGGGGCGAGCCGAGAGGAGGAAGAAGGGUUGAGGAAAUUGGGAAGGGAGGAUGCCUGGUUCAAGCACAGGCCGCAGUCGCCGAGCUACACCCCUAACUUUGCUUCGGGAGCAGAGUUACAGCUUAGUAAGGGAAAUGUCUGUAUCCAGAGAAUGGCUACCGAGAGCGGCCGUUUCACAAAUAUAGGAUGUAAUGGAAUCAUUGUGCUGAAAGUGGUUAAAAAGGACUAUCAUAUUUACAUUGUUUCUGUAUCGCAUACGUUACAGGUUUCUGUUGCCCCUGGUGGACGCUGGAAUAGAUUCAAAACCUAUUCAACAAUCCAAAGAACUCUGGAAAUAUGGGGUUUUGUUUUUGCUUUUAUCUUCAAGUCUUGGCUAAACAACCAGAAGUUCUCUUAUCGAGGAGGAAUGACAGAGGAGAAAAAAGUAGUAAGAAGGAGAGCCCUUGCAAAGUGGCUAAAGGAAAGUAUUUUGAGAUUAGGCCCAACAUUUAUCAAAAUAGGGCAACAGUUUUCUACUAGGGUGGAUAUUCUUGCACAAGAAUAUGUUGAUCAGCUGUCCGAACUUCAGGACCAAGUGCCUCCAUUUCCUUCAGAAACAGCUGUGUCAAUUAUUGAAGAAGAGCUUGGAAGCCCUGUGGAUUAUAUUUUUGAUCGGUUUGAUUAUGAGCCAAUAGCUGCCGCAAGUCUUGGUCAGGUGCAUCGUGCAUGCUUAAAGGGUCAGGAAGUUGUGAUCAAAGUUCAGAGACCUGGUCUAAAGGAUCUAUUUGAUAUAGAUUUAAAGAACCUGAGGGUAAUUGCAGAAUACCUUCAGAAAGUGGACCCGAAGUCUGAUGGUGCUAAGAGAGAUUGGGUUGCUAUUUACGACGAAUGUGCUAGUGUCCUUUACCAGGAAAUAGAUUACACCAAAGAAGCAGCUAAUGCAGAACAGUUUGCUGACAACUUCAAAGAUUUGGAUUAUGUAAAGGUGCCAAGAAUAUAUUGGGAGUAUACCACCCCGCAGGUUCUGACAAUGGAGUAUGUACCUGGAAUUAAAAUAAACAGGAUAAAACAGUUGGAUCAGUUGGGUGUUGAUCGUCAAAGGUUAGGACGAUAUGCAGUGGAAUCUUAUCUGGAACAGAUUCUAUCUCAUGGGUUUUUCCAUGCCGAUCCACAUCCAGGAAAUAUUGCUGUGGAUGAUGUCAAUGGUGGGAGGCUGAUCUUCUAUGAUUUUGGAAUGAUGGGAAGUAUCAGUCAGAAUAUAAGGGAAGGGUUGCUGGAAGUAUUUUAUGGCGUUUAUGAAAAAGAUCCGGACAAGGUGCUUCAAGCAAUGGUUCAAAUGGGUGUCCUGGUUCCAACUGGAGACAUGACAGCUGUCAGAAGGACUGCCAAGUUCUUUCUCAAUAGCUUUGAAGAGCGCCUUGCAGCACAGAGGAAAGAGAGGGAAAUGGCAACCGCCGAGCUUGGGUUCAAAAAGCAAUUGAGCAAAGAGGAAAGAUUAGAAAAGAAGAAACAAAGACUAGCUGCAAUCGGUGAGGAUCUUCUAGCAAUUGCUGCUGAUCAACCUUUCCGUUUUCCAGCCACUUUCACAUUUGUUGUCAGAGCAUUUUCAGUACUAGAUGGAAUAGGAAAGGGUUUGGACCCCAGAUUUGAUAUUACAGAGAUUGCUAAACCAUAUGCUCUGGAGUUGUUAAGAUUUCGUGAGGCUGGUUAUGAAGUUCUUGUAAAGGACCUUAGAAAAAGAUGGGAACGACAAUCUCGCGCAUUCUAUAACCUUUUCAGACAAGCUGAUAGAGUUGAAAAGCUUGCAGAGAUAAUUCAGCGUUUGGAGCAAGGUGAUCUCAAGCUUCGAGUACGAACUUUGGAAUCUGAGAGAGCUUUCCAGAGAGUUGCUGCUGUACAAAAGACAGUUGGAAAUGCUGUGGCAGCGGGAAGUCUAAUAAACCUGGCAACAAUUUUGUAUCUUAACUCCAUUCGGGGUCCAGCUAUGACUGCUUACCUAUUCUGUGCAUUCUUUGGGCUGCAAGUUCUCUUUGGCCUUCUCAAAGUCAAAAAAUUAGAUCAACAGGAGAAAUUGAUAACCGGCACUGCUUGAAUGAGCGACGAGUGGAAGUUUGUAGCUGUAUUAUAAUUUUUUUUCUUCCCAUUUUAACUUUAUUGCUUCUUUUCCUUGCACCUUUUCUUGCAGUAGCGAUAUCCAGUAUUAAUAUUAAGGUAAGAAAAGUUGUAAAUAUCAUGUUGUAUCAUGUGUAUGUAUCCUGUUGAGAAGAGCUAAUGUCUUGUAUCAUCACCUUCAAUUUUGAUGAAAUAAAGUUUUUGAGGCAACAUGCUUGGAGCAA